UAUGGGCCUUAUGGUCCAAAGCCCAAUCUAAAUUAGAAACCUAUUUUCAUAUUAGAAGCAAAAAGCUUCUGCGACUUUUCAUCGAACAGCUUGUGCUCAUUCCUCAAGAGAGAAAGAUUCAAAGUCUGCAGAACCAAGGUAAUGGAGAGUGAGACGGAGACGAAGAAGAAGAAGCAUCUAGUGGAAAUCGAAGGCUAUCCAAUCGACGGACUAUCCAUCGGAGGUCACGAGACUUGCAUCAUGUUCCCUUCGCUCCGUCUAGCUUUCGACAUCGGCCGUUGCCCACAUCGCGCAAUCUCUCAAGACUUCCUCUUCAUCUCCCACUCCCACAUGGAUCACAUCGGUGGAUUACCGAUGUAUGUUGCGACUAGAGGCUUGUACAAGAUGAAGCCUCCAACGAUUAUAGUUCCCACAUCGAUUAAGGAAUGUGUUGAGAGUUUGUUCGAGGUCCAUAGGAAGCUAGAUUCUUCAGAGCUGAAGCAUAAUCUUGUUGGCUUGGACAUUGGGGAGGAGUUUAUUAUUAGGAAAGAUCUCAAAGUGAAAGCCUUUAAGACAUACCAUGUCAUUCAUAGCCAGGGUUAUGUAGUUUACUCAACUAAACAUAAACUCAAGCAGGAGUACGUUGGCCUUCCUUCAGAUGAGAUUAAGAGCCUGAAGGAUUCUGGGGUUGAGAUCACAAACAGCAUUACAACUCCUGAAGUCGCUUUUACCGGAGAUACAACUUCUGAUUUUGUACUUGAUGAAAAUAAUGCUGAUGCUCUCAAGGCAAGGGUUCUCGUCAUGGAGAGCACGUUUCUUGAUGAUUCAGUAUCCGUAGAGCACGCUAGGGAUUAUGGACAUAUUCAUUUAUCCGAGAUAGUUAAGCAUGCUGAAAAGUUUGAAAACAAAGCAAUCCUGCUGAUCCAUUUUUCGGCUCGGUAUACAGUGAAGGAAAUCGAAGCUGCAGUUUCUGCAUUGCCUCCACCUUUAAAAGGACGUGUGUAUGCUUUAACACAAGGAUUUUAAACAGUCGACAUUCUUGCAGGUUUUGCACACUUUGGUUUUUCUUGUUCUCCAAGUUUUUGUAUCCCACAUUGUAAACGUUAUAUGUACCCUUGUUGUUGACUUUCUAAGAUAGAGAUGUUUAUGUGAUUUGCUAAAUUAAUAAAUCCGUACAAAUUUUAGUUUUA